AUUCUGGAGGCAAACAUGCCCGGGAAAAGGCCCCCAAAGGUCGUCCCAAAUGCCAAAAGGGAACGGAAAGCAAUUCCCCUCGACAUAAAAUUGGAAGUGUUACGACGGUUUGAAGUAGGCGAGAAGCUCAGCCAGAUCGCAAAGGCCUUGGACCUUGCUGUCUCUACAGUGGCGACGAUCCGAGAUAGUAAAGAAAAAAUAACAGUGAGUUCACAAGUAGCCACUCCCUCAAGGGCCUCUCGGUUGACUCGCCAUCGAAGUGCAGCCAUGGAGACUCUGGAGCGGCGGCUGCGCCUGUGGCUGGAAGACCAGAGCCAGGGAACCUGCCGCUGAGUGUUGCCACGAUCCAGGAGAAGGAAGGCUAAGAGCUUGUUCGAUGACUUGCAGCGUGGACUAGGGGAAAGGUCUCAAAAAGAAACCUUUAGUGCCAGUAAAGGGUGGUUUGUGAGGUUCAAGGAGCGCCAUCGUUUGCCCCACUUCAAGAUGAACAGCAUAGCUUCUAGCAACCAGGACACAUACCGGGAAGCGCUGAAAAGCAUCAUGGAAGACGGUGAGUACACCCCCCAGCAAGUUUUUAAUGUCGAUGAGAUAGGGCUUUAUUGGAAGAGAAUGCCUGAAGGAACGUUUAUUUCUGUGGAGGAACAAGCUCAGCCAGGGUUUCAAUCGUCCAAAGACCGUUUGAUGCUGCUGCUUGGUGGCAACGCAGCUGGGGACUUUAAGUUGAAGCCCUUACUGGUGUACCACUCAGAAAACCCCCGGGCUCUGAAGGGGUACUCCAAGCCCAAGUUGCCUGUGAUUUGGCGCUCAAACAGAAAGGCCUGGGCAACCAGGAGCAUUUUUCAUGAAUGGUUCACGUACUUUUUUUGUCCUGCUGUUGAAAAAUACUGUGCCAAAAAUAAUCUAAGCAACAAAGCAUUGCUCAUCCUGGACAAUGCACCAUGCCACCCAGUCAAUUUGAGUGACCUGUCUGAUCAUGUAAGAGUGGAAUAUCUUCCUGACAGUACAGCCGACUCCAUCCAGCCCAUGGGUCAAGGCGUAGCCUCCACCUUCAAAGCUCACUACCUGAGAAGGACUUUUGAGCACAUGCUAGAAGCAACAGAUGGGGAGGAUACAGCUACGAUCAGGGAGUUUUGGAGAAACUACAACAUCUUGGAUGCUGUAGACAACAUCGCAAUAGCUUGGGAGGCACUCAGCCCAGCAACAAUGAACAGUGUGUGGGAGAAAAUUUGGCCCCAGUGUGUUCAGUUCCAGAAUUUUCCCCAAACAGAUAACAUUGCACAGCUUCAAAAAAACAUUAUGACCCUUGCCAAGACCCUGGCUUUUGAAGAGCUUGUGGAAGCUGACGUGGACCAGUUGCUACAGUCACACGAGGAUGCUCUCUCUAAUGAGGAGCUGAUGCAGCUGGAACAGGAGCCAGCAGGAGAGGAGAGUGAAGACACUCAACCUGUUCUGCGUCAACUAACCACAGGAGAACUCUCGGCAGCCCUCUCACAUUUUGAGGCUGGCUUACAGAUCCUUACCAGUAGCAGUCCCAAUGAUGAGUGGAAACUGAAAGUUUCAAGGGCAAUCGGUGGUGCCAUAAAUUGCUACAGGGAAUUGUACAAUGAGAAAAAGCAACGCUUAAAGCAACUAUCUUAGGUUGUUUUUCAGUGUGUGUAACCAAAAGUUAAAGCCAGAAGCAACAAAAUGACCUCAAUGGAUGAGGCUCAGCCAAGUCUCUCUGCUUCCAGAAAUUUAACAUCCCUGAAAACCCUAUUUCUGAUAUUUUAAUUUUGAGACUUGAGUAUCAAAUUUUGUCAUUAAAAUUUUAUUUAAAUA